AUGACUAGCGAGACGACAUAUGUGCCCCAUGCUUCCGAGGCAGAGGCUCCGACUACUGCAGAGGUUACUCCGCAUACAUCUAUUGAGGCGCCUACUCUAUAUACGGCUACUAAGGCUCCUGGUAGAAAUGAUAUGGAAGUUACUCCUUCUGUUGAGACAGAGAUCACUACUUCAACUUUGACAGAGCUAUUUGUACAUACAGAUGAAGGGUUUUCUGGUGGACCGAAUGAAUGUUUUGUGUUCACUGGAUAUGUGGAUCAUGUGGCAUUCAUAUUAGUUUGA